UGCAAUCUGAUAUCAUCUCAUCAUCUCAUAUAAAUACACCACUUCUUAUAGCACUGCACAGUCCUAUCCAAGUCUACGAUCACAACAAUGGCAGCCGUGGUACUCGUCACUGGAGGCACCGGGCUCGUUGGGAAAGGUAUCGAGUAUGUUAUCGAGCACGAACCAGAAGGCUCGCGCUUUGGAAAGCUUCCAGGAGAGAAAUGGAUCUUUGCUAGCUCUCGCGAUGCCGAUCUAAGAAACCCAGAAGAGACUCUGAAGUUGUUCGAGAAGUAUCAACCCACUCAUGUCAUCCAUCUGGCUGCUCUCGUGGGUGGUCUCUUCGCAAACAGAGAACGGAAGAUGACUUUCCUCCGCGACAAUAUGCUGAUUAAUGACAACGUACUCCAUACUGCUCAUAUCAAAGGGACAAAGAAAGUCAUCUCUUGUCUUUCGACGUGUGUCUUCCCGGACAAAGUCGAAUAUCCACUCACUGAGGAGAAGGUUCACCUCGGACCACCACAUUCGAGUAACUUCGGAUAUGCGCAUGCGAAGAGGAUGGUAGAUGUCCAGAACCAUGCUUACAAGGAGGAAUUCGGUUGCAACUUCACGUCUGCCAUUCCAACCAACGUGUUUGGACCCCACGAUAACUUCGAUCUGAAGCAUGCACAUGUGAUGCCGGCACUGAUCCACAAAUGCUACUUAGCACAAAAAAACAACACGCCAUUCAAAGUGAUGGGUGACGGCUCGCCCCUCCGUCAAUUCAUCUACUCCCGUGACCUCGCAAAACUAUUCAUCUGGCAAAUGCGCGAGUACGAGUCCGUCGAACCUAUCAUCUUUUCAGUGGACGAGAAUGACGAAAUCAGCAUUCGCGAUCUCGUGAACUCUAUCGUCAAAGUCAUGAAUUACCCUCGCAAGCCUGAGUUCGAGAACGAACUUAAUGACAACGGACAAGAUCGCAAACCCGCGUCGAAUGAGAAACUCAUGAGCCUAAUUGGCUCUGACUUCAAGUUCACGCCAUUCGAACAAGCUCUUGAGGAGACGGUCUCCUGGUUCCUUCAGAACUACGUUAACGCGAGAACUGGCCAAUCUCAUGUUUAGACAGAGUGGAGGAAACAGAUUAUCAUUCUAGUGAUGCAUGUAGAAGACAGUUGCGUUUCACUAUCUGCCUGUUCUCCACUCCUUGCAUGUAUAAGCAGGAGUACCACUGCUGACCGAGAAGGAGUGACAGCUGUACCUUAUAUAUAUCAGUCCGACUAUAAAGCAUUUUGAUCAGUACUAUAACGAUCAUUCAAAUCAAUCGGACAUACGAAGAAUUUCUGGUGACGCUGCG